GGUGCAGUUGCUCAUCAUCUGCACUUUUGUAGCAAGUCCUGUAACGCACACCAUCAAGUUUUGCAGAAAUGGAGCCCAAGACGGCUGUUCUUGUCAGCGCAUUGCUUUGCCUGGCGCUCUCCCGCGGCGCCUUGUCCCAGAAGGCACGGGCGCCGAUCGUCGAGGCCCCGGCGCCGGCGCCGGCCCCGCGCUACGUCGAGCUCGCCGAACUGCUCUCCCUCGCCGGGCCGUAUGGCAAGUUCCUGGAGUACCUCACCAUGACCGACGUGAUCAAGACGUUCCAGAGCCAGGCCAACGACACCAAGCAGGGCAUCACCGUCUUCGCGCCCCAGAACUCGGCGUUCGCGGCCCUCAACGAGACCGUGUUGUCCAACCUCACCACCGACCAGCUCCGGUCGCUCAUGCUGCACCACGCCAUGCCCAGGUACUACCCGCUCUCGGCCUUCUCCAAGCUGGCGGCGGCGAGCCCGGUGUCCAUGUACGCGUACAAGGUGAACGUCACAUACGCCGCCGGCACGAUCGGCGUCGUGUCGGGCUGGGCCACCGCCAAGCUCGCCAGCAGCGUGUACUCGACGUCGCCCGUCGCGGUGUACGCGCUCAACAGGGUGCUGCUGCCCAAGGAGAUCUUCCCGGCCACCCCGGAGAUGGCGCCGGCGCCGGCGCCGGGACGUGGGGGCAAGGCGACGGCCGACGCCCCGGGCGCCAGCGAGCGUGCUGCCAGUGACAAUGCGGACGCCAAGAGUUCGUCGUGCCGGGUCGUUGGCGCAGGGAGCCUUGCAUUUGGCUACGUGGUUCUUCUGGUCUCCGGGCUUUUGAUGGCGUAGUCCGAUAAUUCUUUGCAUGCGAUGGCACGCGCCAUGAAUUUUUAUUUCCUUCCGGAAAGUGUUCGUAAAUUCAUUUAUGGGUGUGUUUAGAUCUCAGUCAACUAGUCGAUGACGUCAUCCAUCUUUUUUAUUUUCCAUAGCAGCGCCCUCCACCUUUGUAAGCAGCGUAUUAUCCAUGCACCUGUACUGGCCCGUUGCUUUCAAUUCUUGUCUUGAGCUGGGCC